GGGGAGAGGGAGAGGGCGGAGGCGGGGCAGUGGCGGGGAGCGUGUGGUGCGGAGGGGGCGGGGCGGGACGGGACGGUGAGCGGUGGGAAGGCGAACCGAGAGAUUGAAAUUGUCGGCCCGACUCCUUCAGCCGAUUCGCAUGACUUCCCCUGAUACCAACGUCGCUGUCAGGCUGCUUGCACGCUCCCCAGCGAGUCUGAAGCGGAAACGUGAAGCUGCCAAACAAUUGAUUGAAAGUUACUACUGUCAGUUAACAAAAGGCUGUGGAAAUGAGUUCUGUGCAAAUGAGAACUGUGCUUCCCGCCCAGGUUUCAAGCAGUUGGACAAUAAUCAAGCUGCAGCCAGAGCUUUGGAGUUGUAUCGGACCAGGGCAGAAUUAUGUACGGGUUGGCCCACUAAGAAGCCAAGGUCAUUGGUUUGCCAAAAUAUUUCACAUGACAAGUUUAAACAUAAAGAUCUCAAAUAUGUUGCAGAGAAUGACAUUGAUGUGAUCAGUAGUAACAAACAGAAGCAGGACAACUUUCAAGACAUUAACUACCUUACUGAAGAAAAAGUUGAUGAAAUUCUAAGUGUUUGCAAUGAAACUGGAGAUUUCUCACUACUGGUGCGUGUUAUUGGCCGGAUAUUCUCCAGUGCAGAAAAGCUUGUUAAGAGCUUUAGGAAACCUGAAAUGCAGAAAAAAUGCUUGCACUGUUUACCAGAAAAUACUCAAGCUAAUUUGGAAAAAGAUGAUAAAACAGUAGCAGUAGUUGGAUGUGAAGAUUCAGUACCUUGUUGCUCUCAACAGAAAUCAUGUGAUUGUCUUAGGCAAUCAUUUAAGCCAGAAGAAUUAACUGUUGAUGUGAAAUCUGUUCGGCGGGUGUACAGAAAACUUCUAGUACAUAACCGGAUCGAAACUGCACUGAUUAAUGCUUUGAUGUAUCUGUCGCCAGAUGUGGAAUGUGAUUUAAGCUAUCACAAUGCAUACAACAGAGAUUCAAACUACCUAAACUUAUUCAUAAUUGUCAUGGAAAAUCAUAACCUUCAUAGUCCUGAGUACCUGGAAGGAGCCUUGCCUAUGUUCUGCAAAGCAAUGUGCAAGCUUCCUUUGUCAGCGCAAGCCAACCUAAUUCAACUGUGGUCAACGUACAGUGCUAUUGAUCUCCGCAGAAUGGUUGAAGUCUUUCAGCAGCUUAUUACGUACAAAGUUAUAAGCAAUGAUUAUAGUUGUCGAAAUUUGGUGAAUGAAGAUGAUGUCGUAGUUGCAGCAGCCAAGUGUCUAAAAUUGGUGUACUAUGCAAAUUUGAUGGGUGGCGUGUUGACUUUGGAGAAUGAUGAUGAGGAAUCCUCACAAGAAACCAGAGAGAGGAAUUUGCAACAGAACCUUUUAAUGGAGGACACCAAUUACAAGAAAGGUCCCCGGGUGGACCCUUUAGAAAAAAUGCUUAACUUUAAGGCUAUAGACUGCUGUCGGCCAGUCAUACCUUAUGAUGAAUUUGUUAAUGAAUCAUUAAAUAAUGUUCUUGCAGUGGAUAAAGACUACAUAUUUUUUAAAGUAGACAGUGAGAAGAAAUUUUCUUUCUUGACUUGUCCAUUCCUCCUUACUCCCUAUACUAAAAGUCAAGGCCUCUAUUAUGACAACAGAAUUCGAAUGUUCAGUGAGCGCCGUAUAACUGUGUUGUACAACUUGGUACAAGGACAGCAAGUUCAACCUUAUCUUCGACUAAAAGUAAGGCGUGAUCAUAUGAUUGAUGAUGCUCUUGUACGGUUGGAAAUGAUUGCCACUGAGAAUCCAUCAGAUUUGAAAAAGCAACUAUACGUGGAAUUUGAGGGUGAACAAGGAGUGGAUGAAGGCGGAGUUUCUAAGGAAUUCUUUCAGCUGGUUGUUGAAGAGAUUUUUAAUCCUGAUAUAGGAAUGUUUACUUAUGAUAGCUAUACAAAACAAUUUUGGUUCAACCCUACCUCUUUUGAGAAUGAUGGACAAUUCACACUAAUUGGAAUAGUGCUGGGUUUGGCGAUAUACAAUCACUGCAUCCUUGAUGUCCACUUCCCUAUGGUGGUUUACAGGAAGUUGAUGGGCAAGAAGGGAACUUUAGAAGAUCUUGCUGACUCUCACCCAAUACUAUACCAAAGCUUAAAGGAAGUCCUGGAAUAUGAAGGGAAUAUAGAAGAAGAUAUGAUGAUCACUUUUAAAGUAUCAUACAAUGACCUAUUUGGAGUGCCAAUAACUCAUAACCUAAAAGAAAGCAGUGAUGAGAUUCCAGUCACAAACCAGAAUAAAAAGGAAUUCGUUCAACUAUAUGCAAAUUAUAUUCUGAACCAGUCAGUGGAAAAACAGUUCAGAGCAUUCAAUCGAGGUUUCCAUAUGGUUACAAAUGAGUCUCCCUUAAAGUACCUUUUCAGACCAGAAGAAAUUGAACAGCUAAUCUGUGGUAGCAAAAAUCUGGAUUUCCAUGCACUUGAAGAAGCUACAGAGUAUGAUGGAGGAUUCACAAAAGAAUCUAGGAUAGUAAGAGAUUUCUGGGGAAUAACCCACAGUCUUCCAGAGGAACAAAAACGUCAAUUCUUGCAGUUCACCACAGGCUCUGAUCGGGCUCCUGUAGGUGGCCUUGGCAAAAUUAAGUUAAUUAUAACCAAGAACGGACCAGAUUCAGACAGGCUACCAACAACACAUACAUGCUUCAAUGUACUGCUGCUUCCAGACUAUUCUACCAAGGACAAGCUGAAGGAAAGGCUUCUAAAGGCGAUCACAUACUCAAAAGGAUUUGGCAUGCUGUAAUUAAUUUUUGGCUAUGCAAGUAUUGUCAGCUCAAACAGAAAAAGCGAACACUUUUUAAAAGUAGAGAUCGACCACUUGUAUGUUUCCAUUUGAUUUCAAUUUUCCAUUUUGACAUUGAAUUUUCCAUAAUAGCCUUCAACCCAUUGCAAGUUAUGUGAUGAGACAAACAAUAACAAUCAUGCAGCAACAAACUGCUGGAGGAACUCUGGGUCGAGCUGCAUCUGUGGGGGAGAUAUAUUGUGUCUCCAAUCUUGCUUGAUUUGACAAUGAACUACCAAACUUCAAAAACAUUUGUCCAGAGCUUGUAAUUUAAAAAUUACGUACUUUUCAAGAGGUCACUUUUAUGUUAAGUUGGGUAUCUAGAUGUGUUUUAUCAUUGCACAUUCAAAAUCAUUUUAUGAAAAGAGGGAAUGAUGCAAGUUGGCAGAAGAAACAUUUUCUAAAGCCUCCUUGCAUCUUUCCCCUCGCCAUUCACCUCUUUUUGAAAAAGCAAAUAACAUGGCAAAGAAAGAUCUUUUGCCCAUUUGACGUGACUUAAAAAUUUGGGAUUCGGUGUGGUGGGAGCUCUAUUUUAAGGAAGAAAGAGGUUGGAAUGGGAGCAUUACUGGAAGUGAUUUCUAUAAACCAAAUUCAUGAAAUCUUUCUGUGGUUCUAGGUUUCUCUUAACCUAACUUCCUCGGAUAUACUGACGGGAAGCAGCCACUUUCUUUUGUACUUGAUUUUCUACUGUCUCCUGAAUAGGAUCAGUGCCAAGCCACUUAACUAGGGAGUGCUUGUAAUGCAUGUAAUGACUCUUGUUUCAUAGUGACUACUAUGAUGUGUUGUACGAUAUAACAUCAAAAUAUUGUAACUUUAAAAAAAAUAGUUGGGUUGUCAAUUUGUAUUCUCUAAUCAAAUGAAGAUCAUGUCUCUUGAAGACACAGCUGUUUAAAUUUAAUGUAUAAAUAAAAUUAACAACCAAAUGUAUAGUUGUUAUUGCAGACAUACAUUGAUUUGGGGUGUAUUUAAAAUUGAGUAUUAAUCUGUAUUGUUGGAAUUAAAAUGCAUUCAAGUUC